ACACCCAGCAGUGCAUGCUUGUCAAAAACAGUGGGGUAGGGGUUCAGUACUGCUGCUUUACUUGUAGCCAUGCUCUUAUUCUGAAAUCUGCUUCAGCAGUCUUUUUUUUUCUUUUCUUUUCCCAUUUGAAUUUAGUCUUCUGUAUUUCCCUGUGCAAAUCAGUGUGGAGCAAAUGUGUUGUCUAAAAUAGAGUCCAGUCCAUAGUCACUGCAUGGAGAAGGAAAAGUGUUCCUCCAAAAUUUGUAAUGCUGGGGCCAGAAACAUGUCCUUUCCCCGAGCACACACCACUCCUCUGCUGUCCUCUGAGUGAAGCAGUGUGUAAAGCUCUGCCUGAACCGCUUCCUCUAGGCUUCUGGAGGACACAGGAAUGGAAGAGGCGCUGGUGUAGUUCUACUAUACUGUGCUGAUGGCCUCUAAGCUGCUGGAUAGACUUCGCCGCUCGCUAUUCAAAGAAGGAGAGCUCCAUGUGGACACAGAGGACACCGAUGACUUUCCAGAAAGCUCUGAACUUGAGGAUGACACAGACAAUGUCUCGUCCAGGCUCAGUGGGACGCUCUGCUUUGAAGGUGAUGGCGUCAUGGAUUCGGAAGAUGCAGGCGAAACAUCUGGUCCAGACAGUGAUUCGGACUGCUUUGCAGAAUCCAUAGAUAACGCCUGCAGCAGCACAGAUAUAAGCCCCACUGGCCCGACUCUGAAGGGCUCCAGCAUGCUCACCCGACAGCUACAGGAGAGCUGGAGAAACCUGCGCACUCGCUGUGUGUUGGAAAAGCUCCUUUUCGAAGUGACUGAUGCCAGUGUAGUGCAAGAGGCAAACUCCAAAUAUGUGCUUUACACAAUUCAUGUCAUCCACUCUGGCACAUUUGACAAAACCCCUGCAGUCAUUGCGCGUCGCUACACCGAUUUCGAGCGGCUGCACCAGCUCCUGCGCAGGCAUCACAGAGAAGCCAUGGAAGGAGUCCACUUUCCACGCAAGAAGCUGCGCCGGAACUUUGCAGCCGAGACCAUUGGUAAGCGGAGCCGUGCAUUCGAGCAGUACCUCUCACAUCUGCACUCACUGACUGAGGUGCGAGCUUCACCUGCCUUCCUGGAGUUCUUUUACCUGGGCGAACUGCGCACUGGGCAGACGCUGGUGCGUGCUGGUCGCUACGAGGAAGCGCUGGGCACUCUGGUUAAUGCGCUGCGCCUCCAGGAGAAACUGGACUCGCCACAGAAAACUCACCGGCUCUUCACACUCUCUGCGGUGGCGAGUUGCUACCAGGAGCUGGAGAGGCUGAGCGAGGCACAGGAGCACUGCGAGCACGCCCUCAACAAACUGGUGCCCUCGAUAGACAUGCAAAAGAUCCAGCAAAAGCAACUCCACCCGCUGCUAGUGCCGCUUCUGCAGGCCAACGUCCGGCUCUCCUGGAAGAUCUCCAAGGACAAGCGGCGCUGGGAAGCACUGCUGCAUGAGAUCCAGGAGCUCGGCGUCGACGUUGAGAAUCAGCCCGAUUUGAAGGAGUGUAUAGUCAAAGAGAACCUAUCAGAAAGCGAGGGAUAGUUCAGGUCAAACCGAUGUAGGGCGUUUAACACUGACGGUAGUGACAGUCAUAAUGCAAACCGAGGGAUUCUUAUAAUUUGCAGAGGAUAAUCAUAUCAUAGUAAGAAGUAGACACAUACAUACCACUAUUUUUUUUUUUUAUUAUUUCAUUAUCAUAUUUUGCACACUGGUAUGUCUAAAUAACAUGUAAAUAAUCACUACACUUAUAUGUGAGUUUAUGCAGUGAAUUUAAAAUCAAAAUGGUUCAAGCACAGCCUUAGUAGAAAUCUAUUUUUAUAAAGUAUUUUUAAAAUUGUACCCAAAUAUUAUUGGGUGCAGUACAAAAUGGAUAAUGUUACAGAUUUUAUGAAUGCACAUUGAUCCAAAAGCAUUAAGGGAAAUAAGUUGAUAGAGAACUUUAAUAUUUUAAUGAAGUGUUUUUUUUACAGUUUUUACCUACUAAUUUACCCACUAAUUUCAGCUAUAUUUUAGGGUAUAUUAGGGUACUUCUUGACAGAAAUGAAACAUUAGAGAUUAGGGGUUUUUUUGCUGCACAUUUUAUUGUAUAGUGCUACAAAUUUAUAUGUUUUUUUUGUAUUUAUAUUUAUUAUUUAGAUAAAAAAUAAAUUUAUAAUAGUAUAAUCCUACUCUACACUAUUGGCAGUUUUUAACAGUUGCAUUCCUGUAGUGAAACCUUGCAGCAGUUCCCAAAUCAGCAGUCAUGUGGUUAAAGGACUGCUGGCUGUAUUUUUUUUUUUUUAUAUAUAUAUAUUUUUUUCCUGCAGUAGUUUAUGUACAGUACAUGGUUUUUAGACAAUUGUUUUAACUAACUUGCACAUAUGCACUACACUAUCCCCACCACAAAGAACGUUUUGGUUUAUUUUUAUCAAUAAUGUAGAUGUUCAAGUAGAAAGUGAAUGAAACAUGGUGAAAUUCAUGCACUCCUUUUUCAGCCACUUUUAGUUACAUCAGACAUGUGAAUGAAUUCCUUUUCUGUUUUCAUUCUAAUAAAAUACACUUAAUCUACAAA